GUCGUUUUGACACACAAACUCUGGUUGUUAUCGUUACCCAUGGAUCACAACAACAUAGCUGGUGCAAGCUACACAUCUGCUGCAAGCUCAUCAUCAAGUGUGCUUGGAAAAGUGAAAAAAAAAAAAAAAAAGAAACCAGAGUGCGAUUUCAAGAUGUGAAUUUUUCCAAAAUACCAGAUUAAACGAGAAACAUGUCACUGUACUUUGACACAAAGGUCAAGUGCCCGGAGCCCGGUGCUGUGAACACCUACGCGACCUGGCACUCGAAUCUUCCUCUACUAGCAGUGGCGGCUUAUUCCCAGGAACGAGGUGGUUUCGUGACGGUUUACGACGACCAGGGUGAGCCCCUGCCUGAUGUAGAGACUUCGGGGCACACCGUAGCUCAGGUGACAGCUCUAGCUUGGCAUCCCGAAAGAAAGUGGCUGGCUGCCACAUGGGAGAGCGGAGAACUCAGGAUAUGGCCGGGGGAUACCGGCAGCGGUGAGUUCAACAUUAUUGUCACUCCUCACAGGGAUGCUGUGACUAUACUACAGUGGAGCCAGUAUGGGGGUCGUUUGGUCUCUGCGGAUGUGACGGGUUCCAUGGUCGGCUGGAAACUAGACACCAGGGGUCAGCUGCUCAUGAUGUUUCAUCACGAGUUGAAACAGUCCUUGACUCACAUUGCCUUCAAAAUCACUCCGCCCAAGCCUGUUGUUGACAUGACGGGAUUGGCCAAGGCGGCAGUCGCAGGGGACGCGAGGGCGCUGGAUCUCUUUAGCUCCUGGAGACCAAGAACUGCUGCUCCAACUGCUGUUCCCGUGCAGAGGGACAAUCCUGCGUUUUACGUGGGUACUGUAAACGGUGUCAUCUAUUACGUGGAUAGUACCGGGCAGUGCGUGCAAAUGCUGACUAUGGAUGCUUCUGCUCUGCACUGCCUGCUGCAUCAUCAGACCAGGGAUUCCAUCGUUGUGAUGAGUGAGGGCUUGCACAUUGGACACUUUAAAUCGGAUCCCGUCACUGGCCGUCUGACAGAGCUGACCAAAGUGAAGCUCAGUGGUAGAAGCGACAUGACCAAAAACGGACCAUCCUUGUGCUGGGCUGGUGUCAACACACUGGCUAUUUUGACUGGAGAACUGAUUGUCAGAAUGUGGGACCUUCAGACUGGUGACACUUACGUCCUUGCCCCCACGGACGUGGUAUCCUCUGGAAAUUUGGCUACUCCUCAGGAAGUGUGUACUAGUUUGUCUUACUGCAAAAAUAAUGAUACUCUGGCGGCAGGUACGAACUUGGGCACGAUAUACUUAUGGAAGAGAAAAGUUCGAGGACUAGAGGGUGAUGAACAUACUUGGUCUUCGGUGCCAGACUCCUGCUCCAUAUCCGGUACCGUGAAGCAAAUAACUUGGGGUGCCUUGUUGCUCCGAAACCCUUUGCUGGCCGUUAAUUGCGUGACAAACGUUUACGUUUUACAUCAGCAACCGAUGUGCGCGGCUUACGCGGACGGUGUUUGUGUCAGUCAGUCGAGUCCUACGCAGUUGCUCGUUGAUAUCGAUGAUCGAAAGUUCACUUUAAAAACGGAUAUUCAAGUGCAAGUAGUUGCGGCCAACAAGAGCUACAUUGCGGUAUCUUCCGGAAGAAAUAACGCCGUUUACAAAAUCGGCAACAAUGGCCAGCCCAGUACGACGGUUCUGAUGAGCUUCAGUUGCGAUACCGAAAAGCUCCUUAUCCACGAUUCUACAUUGAUCGUUUUGACGCCACAGGUCAUUCAGCUGAGAUCAAUCGAAGAUGGCUCGAUAAUCCAAAAGCUACCAACGCUACCGGAAGAGGGUGAACCGAUCACGAUGGAGUUGACCGGUAACUACCUGACCGUGGGCUCGCUCAACGGUAUCCUCAAAAUCUGGGAUGUAAGCAAACGGGAGGCAAAACUAUACACCCGAGCUAUGACCGCUUACGAAGCCAUCAGCGACUUUGCCGAGAUUAUCGAAGCUCGUUGCAACUCGGAUUGCCGGUACGUUUCCAUUACCGUGGCCAUGGCCAAUCUCUUGCCGAGCUCCAUUCUCUACGUUUGGGACAUUGAAAGCGAUCAGAUUCACGAAUUUGACUUUGCCGACAACAAAGAAGCAGAUGAUGAUUCUGUUCUGGUGGCCAAGUGCAAGAACAGAUUAGUGACGGCCCACUGCUGGGACAGCGACGACCCGAGGCUACUGGUCUGUCGAGCUCAGAGACCGGAGAGCAUCAGCGCGAAAGCAUCGACCGAGCCGUCGAAAGACGAAUCGAACGUUGUUUUGGUGACGAUAUUUGCCACAUCGGAGCACGGUAUCGUUGUACAGGACGUGCGGCCCGUCAAGGACGACGAUUGCCGUCUCCUUGGCGUCCAGUCACCCUACAUUGUCGUUCUGGACUCGGAGAACGUAGCUGAUAGCAUUAAAACCGAGCGGCUGCUCAUGAGAGAAUUCGAGGAACUCGGCGCUUGCGACGCCGUUACCAAAAAAGCCGUACUCGAUUUUUGUUUUUACCUCAGCGUUGCCAACAUGGAUGAAGCUUUCAAAGCGAUAAAGUCAAUUCAAAACGAAGCAGUGUGGAAGAGUCUGGCCAAGAUGUGCGUGAAAACGAAACAAUUGUCCAUGGCGAUGCUGUGCUUGGGACACAUGAAACAAGCGACGAGUGCCAGAGCGCUCCGACAGGCCAUGCAGGAUGACACGCUGAAUUUAGAAGCCAAAGCGGCCAUUCUCGCAGUCGAAUUAAAACUCUAUGACGACGCGGAGAGACUCUUCAGAGAGGCAAAGAGGCUCGAUCUGCUGGGCUCGAUGCUACAAGCGAGAAACAAGUUCAAGGAAGCCAUCGAGCUCGCGAGCAAAGAGAACAAAAUCAUGGAAAAGACGAGCUGCUACAAUUACGCCAGGGCCCUCGAACUCGAGGGCAAAACCAGCGAAGCUAUCGAAAUGUACACCAAGGCAGACUGUCACAGAUUCGAGGUGCCCAGAAUGCUACUCGGCUCGCCCAAGGAACUCCUUAACUACUUGAACAGCUCGGACGAUCCAGAGAUAAAGAACUGGCACGCGCAAUACACGGAGUCGCUAAACGACAUGGAGGGCGCCUUGAAGCUGUACGAACAGGCCGGUGAUACUCUCUCGAUGACGCGCUUGCUCUGCUUCCUUGGCCGCGAAUCCGAGGCCCGCGACUUGGUCAACAAAACACAACACGCAGCCUCUGCUUAUCAUUUAGCGGCGCAUUACGAGUCGCGCGGCGAUGUGCCACAAGCCGUGCAUUAUUAUACCAUGGCCACGGCUUACAGGCACGCGGUAAGAUUGUGCAAGGAGAACGACAUGCUGGAGGAACUGUGGCCUCUGGCGAUGAUGGCGCCGAGUCAAACGCAGAUCGACGUGGCCAAGUAUUACGAGGAGAAUGAGCAGGAAGACAAAGCGGUUUUACUGUAUCAUAAAGCCGGUCUUUUGAAAAAAGCCAUGGACCUUGCAUUCGAGUCUCGCCAGUACAAUGAACUACAGUCCAUAGCAAUGGAGAUCAACGCAGAUUCGGAUCCCGAGCUUAUAGCCAAGUGUGCCGAGUACUUUGUGCAGAACUCACAGGUCGACAGAGCCGUGGAUUUGCUGGCGACAAGCAAAAAUUACGCGCAGGCCCUUGAACUCAUUCACGAGUACGAUGUCGUUUUGACCGAAGAAUUAGCGGAUAAAAUGACGGGAUUGGACAAAGCCGAAAAGGAUUUGGAAAAAGAACGAGUGCGUAUAGCGACGCUCGAAAAAAUCGGCGAGAUAGCAUUGAACCAGGGCAACUAUCAUCUGGCUACCAAAAAAUUCACGCAAGCCGGCAACAAAUUGCGCGCUAUGAAGGCUCUGCUGAAGUCCGGCGAUACGGACAAGAUAUGUUUCUUCGCCCAGGUGUCUCGACAGCGCGAGAUCUACAUUAUGGCGGGCAACUACCUACAAUCGCUCGACUGGCAGAAUCAGCCAGAAAUACUGAAAAACAUUAUCAAUUUUUACUCAAAGGGCAAGGCUAUGGAUCUGUUGGCGAACUUUUACGUUGCUUGCGCGCAAGUUGAGAUAGACGAGUUUCAGAACUAUGGAAAGGCGCUCGAUGCUCUGAAUCAGGCUGUCAAGUGUCUGGCUAAAGUGACGGAGCCCAGAGACGAAGAAGUACACAAGAGGGCCGUCGAUGUUGUUAAUGGCCGCAUGGCUACGAUAAGAAGAUACCUCGAAGUUAAAAAAUUGUUCGAGAAAGGUGAAACGGAAUCGGCCAUGAGCCACGUUCGUUUUUUGCUCGACUCUCAAGGCGAGAAACUCGAACAAUCGAUUCGUCGAGGAGACUUGUUUGCGUCAAUAACCGAGCAUUACUUGGAAAUGGGAGAUAUCGACAAAGCACGAGCAUCGAUCGAAGAACUGAGACGCUUGGUGCCAGGUAUCAAUUUGAGCUUCUACUACAAUACUGGUGUACUCGAAAAAUUAGGCUACAAAUACACCAUUAAAAAGCAAGAAUCGUCGGAUCGCGACGACGAUAUAGAAGAACUUCUCGGCGAGUAA